GGGGUGACCAAAUUUCCUGUUGUCGUUUUCUUCUGCGCGGCCGACAUCUAAAGACGAGAUCUUCAAAAGAAAGUUCUCCACAUGUAAGCUGAACGAUAUUGGUGGUAGUCAGAAUGGGGCCAGGAGAGUUCGGAGGGAGCGCCGCUCUUGUCGUGUUUUUGUUCGGCCAUUUCGUAACGGUGGUCUUCAGCAUCAAAGAUUGUUACACAAGGGUUGAUGGCCGGAUUGUCUAUGAAGGAAUAAAUAACGUGGCGGACUUCGGGCAGCCCUGUCAGGCCUGGAGCAGUCAGGAUGGACGGACGCACAACUACUGCCGGGCGCCGCGGGCAGGCGACCUCCAGCCCUGGUGCUUCGUCCGGGCCGACACGGGCAACCUCAUCCAGGCGCGCUGUGACGUGGAACACUGUACAGAAUGCUAUACCGUAACGGGGUCGGACUACAGAGGAACACAGUCCAAACCGUCCAGUAACGAGUCUUCAACGGAAGAAUGCGUGUCCUGGACAGACGAGAGUGGCGGAAAGCGGUUCAACACCAAAGCGCACCCUGACGACAGAAGCGGCCUGGGCGAUCACAACUACUGCCGCAACCCCUGGCCGGAAGGACGUCCCUCACCCUGGUGUUACACCGGAAAAACACCUGCCAGCCACAAACAGUGCCUCAUUCCCAACUGUAAAGUUCCAGGAUACCUGGGUUGUGUCACUGAAACCGAGACCGCGCCGCUCCUGUGGAACGUGGUCCGAACCGCCUACUUCUCUCAACUCACCAUAGCGCACUGCGUCACGUACUGUCGGGACCACGGCACACAGUACGCCGGAUUCCGGAACGGAAACCAGUGCAUCUGUAUAGCGGGGCCGAGGGACGUGUUCCGGAGUCUACCCGAAGUUACCGACUGUAAUAAGAAAUGCGCCGGGGACUCGCGACAUUUCUGCGGAGGAACCAACAGCACUGCCUUGUUUGACACGCGGAUGGGCCAGUGUGGCGGGUGGAGGUACGGGGUAUACGGCACCAUCCACUCGCCAAACUUCCCCAGUGACUACCCGAACGGCGAGAUCUGCUCCUGGUCGAUCAUGGGCCCAGAGAACCACGUGCUCAGGUUACACUUUGCAAUGUACGACAUCGCAGACAGCGAGGAUUAUGUAGCGGUGUGGGACAACAGCACACGGAGGAGGGUCUUACUGACCCCCAGCAAAAACGGCUACGUGGUGGACUCCAACCACGCCGGGCUUCACUUCGUCGCCGACAGCGCGAAGAACGGUCCGGGGUUCAGCCUGGUCUUCGAAGCCGUUAAGAAGUGCCCCAAACCGGACAUUCUGAACGGGAAAGCGGACGCGGAUUCCUUCCUGCCCGGACAAUUCGCGACCGUUGAGUGCGACCCCGGCUUCAGGGUGUUUGGGCCGGCUAAGGUGAUGUGUGAGGACGAUGGAACCUUCAAGAACCUGCCUGAGUGUCUUUCUGAGAACUCCACAUUACCAACUCCUGUAUCUUUCAGCAACAACAAGACCACGGAUGCGUCCAUAGUCUCAACGACAUCUCAUCAUUUAUCAACGGACAGUAGCCAGGUAUCUACCACAAGCACAAGGGACCAGGGAACCACCGAAGUACCACAGACAACAGUGAAGCGGCCUCGUCCGAGAACACAAGGACCAGCAAAGACAAGCACGUUUAUUGCUACUACCACAGAAUCUAUAAGAACCUCCAGUGCUCGUAGUACUACUAGCAGGCCGUUCAGCACCACGGAGAGACACCACACAACAGAGCUACGGACCACUCAGUCUGCCGAGCACUCAAAACCCGACUCGUCUUCAGGAAGUUCUCAAGAAGCAGAGGACGCUACAAGCACUGUGGUGAUCGGGGUGGUGGUGGCCAUCGUUCUCAUACUCGUCAUCGGUUUACUUAUCUACAUCUCUUGUGCCGUGUUAGCUGCUAAAAGAGCCAGACAAGCAAGCCUUGAGAAUGGACAAGCAGAGAACGCAGACGCCGAAGUCAACGUUCCUCUGAAGGACUUCGGCGAGGAAAGCAACACUAAUGAUGAAGACGAUGUGCAGACUGGUAAGGAUGCUGUGCUGGGAGAAUUGUGACCAAAGAUGGAGAACUUUACGUUUCGUACUCCUCCACUUCCAGAAACUGUAGAUAUGCACGAACUGUAACACAUCGCUCCUGCUUCAAGUGUAACCAGCCCUCGUAUUGUCUGAAACGUACUCCAAGUAACGAGAAAACUAUAUGUGAGAAGAUUUAUGUAGCCUCUGUCAUGGAAUUGCAAUGCUAUCCUGUUCAAGACGUGUCUUUUGCAAAUUUCUCUUAUCUUGAAGUUUCUUGAACUACUUUUGCUAGGAAUCACAUUCGUAAAAUUACAAAAACUAACGUUUUAAUACAACCCUGAACUUUCCAGCAGAACACAACAGUACGGGCUCCUUGUCAGCAGUUUGUAGUAUUUGUUUCUUACAAAGAUAGGAACGUUUAUACGCAAUAAAGUUUAGAACGAACUAA